CAGCAUUUCUUAGAGAACUAUGGAGCUUCACUGGAGUCAGCUGUUGCUGCUGCAGCUCUUGCUGUUCCAACUGCCCCGAUUUUUGCUGGCGAAUCGCUAUAGUUCCGGCAAGCUGUAUGCAAAUGGAGGCAGCUCCAGUUCCAGUUCCGGCUCCAGCUCCGGUUCCAGUUCCAGCUACAAAUCGUCACAGCAACAGAACGAAGUAUACUCCAUAGCGGACAGCCAGCCCAUGACAGACGAUGGCUAUGUGCCGCCCUCGUUGGCCCCAUAUCCAUAUCCGGCCAGCGAUCUGGACAAUCCGGUGCAGCACCUGAGCAGCUGUCAGACGGUGUGCGCCUGCAAGUGGAAGGGCGGCAAGCAGACGGUGGAGUGCAUCGACAGGCAGCUCAUCCAAAUACCCGAUCACAUUGAUCCCAGCACCCAGGUGCUGGACAUGUCCGGCAACAAGCUGCAGACGCUAUCCAACGAGCAGUUCGUGCGCUCCAAUCUGCUCAAUCUGCAGAAGCUAUAUCUGCGCCACUGUAAGAUCGGCGAGAUCGAGCGCGAGACCUUCAAGGGACUGACCAAUCUGGUGGAGCUCGACUUGUCGCACAACCUCCUGGUGACGGUGCCCAGCCUGGCCCUGAGCCACAUCUCCUCGCUGCGCGACCUGACGCUCGCCUCCAAUCACAUACACAAGAUCGAGGCGCAGGCUUUCAGCAGCACGCCCUCGCUCCACAAGCUGGAUCUCUCGCACUGCGACAUCCAGACGAUAUCGGCGCAGGCCUUCAGUGGGCUGCAGGGGCUCACGCUGCUGCGCCUGAACGGGAACAAGCUGAGCGAGCUGCUGCCCAAGACCAUCGAGACUCUGAGCCGGCUGCACGGCAUCGAGUUGCACGACAAUCCCUGGCUGUGCGACUGCCGGCUGCGGGACGCCAAGCUGUGGCUGAUGCAGCGCAAUAUUCCGUAUCCGGUGGCGCCGGUAUGCGCGGGCGGACCCGAGCGGAUCAUCGACCGCAGCUUUGCGGAGCUGCAUGUGGACGACUUUGCCUGCCGCCCCGAAAUGCUGCCCAUCUCCCACUACGUGGAGACGGCCAUGGGCGAGAAUGCCUCCAUCACGUGCCGCGCACGCGCCGUGCCCGCGGCCAGCAUCCACUGGUAUUGGAAUGGCCGGCAGCUGGCUAACAAUAGCGCCUUCAGCGCCUAUCAGCGUGUCCACAUGUUCGAGCAGCUGGAGGGCGGCUUCGAGAAGCGCUCGCGCCUGGUGCUCACCAAUGCCCAGGAAACCGAUUCCAGCGAGUUCUACUGCGUGGCCGAGAAUCGCGCCGGGAGCGCCGAGGCCAACUUUACGCUUCAUGUCAGCAUGCGAGCCGCGGGCAUGGCCUCCCUGGGCAGUGGGCAAAUUGUGGGCCUGAGUGCUGCCCUCGUGGCUCUGAUUGUGUUCGCGCUGGCGGCCAUUAUGUGCCUGCUGCUGCGGGUGAAGCGGCAGCCGUACGUGGACAGCAAGACGCCCAACCACAUGGAGGUCAUCACAUCGGUGAACCACCAGAAUUCCAUCACCAACAAAACGCAGCCGGCAACGGGCAAUGGCAGCAUCGGCGGCGUUGUCAUCGCUAAUGGAGCUGUGGCUAAUUGCAUCGAUGGAGGAUUAGCGGGCGUGGCCUCGGGUACGCUGGAGCGCAAGGGUAAUAGCAGCAGCGUGGUGUCAACUGGCGGCGUAGGGGGCGGAGCUAGUUGUAGGCGUGCCAGUGGAUCGCCGCACGAGCAACGCAAUGCGAAUCCUGUGCAGAAGCCGCCGCGACUCACCGACCUGCCCUACUCGACGCAGGGCUACGACAAUGCGGGCAGCGUGCUGUCCACCGCCUCCUGCUUCAUCUCGCCCAGCGGCUCCACUGGGCAUGGCAACAAUCCGGAUCUAAUCAAUGAUACGAAACGCUUUGGCAGCGACGAGUUCUGUGACCUCAAGCUGCCCGCCAUGGAGCUGACGAGCGGAGGCGGCGGCGGCAGUGGGGAAUACAGUCGGGCCAAUGGCUGUGACUCGCUGUAUCCGUCCGGGCUGUGGGAGCAUACAGCAGCAGCAGCUGGGGCCAGCUCGGCAGAUGAUCUGUUCAUGAAACGCUACACGGACAAGACGCCCAUCAUCGACUCCAGCCAGCUGUACGAUCUGCACGAGCGGAGCGCGGCCAGCGACUACUUCAGCAAGACGUUUCCGCGCGCCCACUGCAAUGCGACGCUGCAGCAGAGUGGCGGAUGCAGUGCAGCGGCAGGAACCGGCGCCUCGACCACCUCGACGGCCACAACGAACCUGUCGAGCGGCUCCUCCGGCUAUCCCAAUGACUACGGGCUGCCUCUGGUGCCGGGCGCCGAGCAUCAGCACAAUCAUCAGCUGCAGAUGCAUCCACUGCAGCAGCUGCAGCUGCAGCAGCAACUCCAGCACAGCAGCGGCAGUCCACACUUCAGUAGUCGCACCCUGCCACGCCUACACGAUGGAGGCGGCAGCAGCAAUGGCUCGGCCAGGUCAUCGCCCACACCCGCCCAGGCCAUGGCUGCCCCGGCUCCAGCUAGCUCCAGUUCCUGCUCAAUACUGCCCAAUGGACAGCCCGUGAAUGCCAAGACGAUACGGGUCUGGCAGAAGGGAGGCGUGCCCGUGCUGCCGCCCGUCACAGCGCUGAAGCGAGCGCUGAUCAGCAGCAGCCGCAACUCCCCGGACGAGGGCUACCAAGAGGGUUGCGGCACCGAUGUCUAAGCGCCUCGCCUCCACAGUCACAAAGACACAGGAAACCCCGCAGAACUGACUAAACUUAAACUGAGUGCAUACACUAAACACUAACUAUAGCACACCCUCUCUCACACACACACACACACACUCAUACAUAUUUUAUAUACAUUCAUGUGGCUCAUCGACUAGCGAGAGAAUCGGGCGAAUUUUCGUGGCGUGAACUUGUGCAAGCGAACUGUUUGUGAUAGUGUCUAAUUAAAAGAUAUGGCUAAUGGAGAUAAUAAACAAAGAAAAUUGCAAGAGC